UUUUUGGUUUUGUUUUGCUUUUUUUCAUUUCGGCUUGAUUGAGUGAGCCGAUUUCGAUUUGGAAUCGGAUUUAAGCUCGGUGAGUGAAAACUGCAGCUGAUAGGGGAAUAAAUAAUUAAUUCAAACUUAUAGUGCUUUAAUACAACAGUAUUAACAACAGUAAAUCAGCGCUCCGCAUUUUACUUACUAAUGGAUCAUACAGUAAUCAAGAACUGAAACAUAAUUAGAGACGACAGAUCAAUUUACUUUUAAAUACGUCAGCGGCUUCAUGGGGAGAUUUCAAAGGGAUAGCUUUGUCUGAACCGGAAAAAAACUAUCGCUUCUCUUCUUUUUUUCUUUUUCAUAAAAUCUCAAAUUUAUCUCUUCGGUGACAGAAAUGUCACACUGUAGUCAUAUUGACUGCAUGAAACAGCGCCUAAAAGUUUGUUGAUAAUUCCAAUUCCGGUUAAGACGUUUCUACGACCUUCUAUACCAGUGGCUCAAGUGAUUUCUAAUGGCCCCAAGUUUCCCAACUAAAGUGAGCUUUUGAUUAGCGACCGGCCUUUAAUAGAGUUCACUGAGAGCUGUAGGGAAAGCUCUUUUCUAGCCUGCGAUCAAGCGUUCUUUUCUUACCCUUCCCCGCGAGCUUCUUCUUCUAAAAAAAAAAGUAAUAAACGCCUGAUUUAGCCCUUUUCCUGCGCGGAGAAUGGUUACUGAUACCCAGUCUCUCUCGGUUAUCUACACAGGUGCGCUGUCAAAAUGGCGAGAGCGAACAAGCUAAAAUCUCAAGCUUUGAUCACAAAAAACGUUCUUUACGCUGGAGAAGGGGAAAUACCAUUAUUUGAACACGGAUCUAAGGCUACUUUUCAUUUCAAAACGUUCAAAAACGAUGAGGACAAGACGCCGAUAGACUGCAGUCGUGAUCUUGGACAGCCCUUUGAGCUCCUUAUCGGGAAGAAAUUCAAGCUGGAAGUUUGGGAGGAACUUAUAAAAACAAUGAGAGAAAAAGAAAUCGCUCGUUUCACUUGUGAUAAAUCGCUUGUAGGAGGCUAUGCAAUAGUUUCCAAGAGUCUCCGUACAGUUGCAAAGAAAGCAAAAGGAGAAUUAACAGAAGAACAUAAUCAUCAUGAACAUUCUUGCAGUUUGUCUGCCAUGAAAUCAACUGGUUAUCCAGACUUAGACGACUUGCUUGUCAAUGAACAAGAUCUUAUCUUUGAAAUAGAACUUUUAAAAUAUGAGAAACCUGGUGAGUUCCAGAAGGAAACUUGGCAGAUGGAUGCUGAUGAGAAAUUGUCCAAUGUACCAAGCUUAAAAGAAGCUGGAAAUAGACUAUAUCAACAGAAAAGGUACAAAGAAGCUGCAGAAAAGUAUGCCGAGGCAUUGGGUUGCUUGGAACAGCUUUGUCUGCAUGAAAAACCUGGUGACACACCUUGGCUUAACCUUGACAGAAUGAAAAUUCCUUUCUUAUUGAACUAUGCUCAGUGUAAGCUUUUUCUUGGUGAUUACUAUGAAGUUAUUGAGCAUACAACGACAGUGCUUGAAAAAGAUAAAGACAAUGUCAAGGCUUUAUAUCGACGUGCCAAGGCUCAUGUGAAAUGUUGGAAUCCUAAGGAAGCCAGAGAGGAUUUCAAUAGAGUAGCAGUUCUUGAUCCAUCACUCACAAAAAUUGUCAAGAAAGAGCUUGUAGAACUAGAAAGGCUUGCCAAAGAACAUGAUGCAGAAGACAGAGAUAGAUUGAAAACACUUUUCAAGUAGCCCUUUGUAAAGCUAAGCUAUCUCAAAUGUUCAUUGUCAGUGGUAACUAAAGAAUCAUGAAUUUCCAUAAAAGUAUGGAUUUGUUACCUGGUGAAGCUAUCAGAACUUUUAAAAAUCAUUAACUUUAUUGUGUUUAAAACAGAGUAAUAACUUAGCUGUACUUUAUAAAACUCAGUACUUUAAUUUAUUUACAUGUACAAAAUGUGGAAUUAAGCCCGCCCACAUCAUUAGAUGCAAUGGGAGCUUUCUAUUUAAGUCAAACAAAGCCAGUGUUUGUUUCCUUUUUAUUCGCCAUCUACUAUAUACUGGCAGAAGCAUAUCACCUCUGCAAGGUGUUAAGCUUCUGAUACUGGUAAUUACUAUAAGAUUAGCAAAAUAUUAUAACGUGUAUUUGUCUCAAAAAGCUCAGUAGAAAAGAUAGCAAAACUUGCUGCCACAUUAUUAUAGCAAUUAUAGCAUAACUGGUUGAAACAAAAGUGCAUAUUUUCCACUUUUAAUAGAAAUGAGAAGAUACCUAGGGUGCUUAUUAGGUUGCAUUUGCUCGCUUUCUCACCCCACUUCUUUAAUCUCUACUUAAUAUAAUUAUCUUUACCUUGCUAAUCCAGCAAUGGUGGUCAGCGGGGUGCUCAGGUGACACAUUUACAGUGAAGGACGAUGAAAGGAUAUAGACCUCGCACUCACAUGUCUGGUACAUAACCACGGCAGCAAUUAAAGAACUGUAUUUGUUUAUUAUUUACUCUUGCCCCAACUUUAACACAACUAAACUUUAUUUGUUCACCCUCUCCCUCAGAAUACUUGCUGUGCAGGCUAGUGGGACCAUUAAUGGGGACAAAGCAAACGAUGAGAUCCCACAUUAUGCUCAGUAACAAUCCUGCAAGCAAAGGAACAUGAGUCUCGCCACAGAUUUCUUCUUUUUUCUUGUGGCAAAUGAUAGUUUUUAGGCUUUCUACAGAAAAACCCUAAUUACAGUUAUUGUUUUCUUUUUUUGUUUGUAGGGAGGGGGGAGGGAGAGCUGGCCUUGCUCAAGGAACCUGCCCUGGUUAUCAGAGCCUAAACCAAAGCAUGAUACAGUUUAUAGAACUGUGCAUGAAGAAGCUACUUGUAUACUGCUUUGAUUUUAUUACUAGUAAAUUAGACUGUUCACAGUCUCUCUAUUAUUCAUCACAUGCAAAAGAAAAAGCAAGCUAAGCAAGUGAGAAGCACAAGGGGGUAGGGGCAGGGAAGCAAGCCACCCCCUCCUUCCUCAAGUCUCUCUCAUUUUACACUGGCAUCCAGUUCUCUCACGAUUCUAUCUGCCUGCUCAGUGAUCGAAUUAAAAUAUGAGAUAAUAGAGGGCUGUGAACAGUCUAUAAUUUUCUUAAUAUGUUGGUUAUGGCAGGAGCCCUGGUUAUGAGCAUUUUAAUGAAGCAGAAAAAGAUUGGCUGAAUGUUUUAUUUUUCACCCAAAUUAUUCUAAUUUCAUUUAUUGCUCAUAAUUUGUGUCUAAAACUUGUGAAGGGUAACCUGCUAGCCACAAAAGUAAGUGUACAGAGAGAUAUUCCAAGAU